GGAUUCGACCGGCAGGUACAUGGGUGCAUUUACUUGUCCUCUUGACAAGGUGCACGACGGGCUAGGGCGCGGGACAGAACUCGGCUAGCUAAGGAGAGUGGUUACUACCCCAGGAAAACCGGACGGCGCGCUGGCACUGCAAAGGGUACAGUGGCAUCGUCUGGCUGCCUCAGGUGUAACAAGUUCUUAUAGGACUGGACUUUGUGGAGUUGAUAGCCGGUUGACAGAAGAACUUAGGUCUUUGAAGAGAACACAUCUUCAAGUUUCAGCCUUGUUGGUUUGGAACUCAUGUCGUGGUAGGAGCUAGCAUCAGAAUUAUCGAUCCCCUUUUUUGUAAGGAUGGGUCGGACUUUUGUGCGAUAUCCCUACAUGAUGGGCGCCUUCACCCGCAUAGUUAUCGGCCUUUAUCUAACUCUCCUAUCAGUAAAUCUAGCUACUUCUCAAGAAGUAUUUGCACUACCACCAGGGACGGUAGAUGUGUUAGAAAAGUUAGACGUCGCCGGCACCACGAGGGGAGUAACAUCAGGGGUGCAAGGGAUGUGUAGAGAUCGCCCCAACCUUGGCGGGGCAGUCCCCCAAGACGAUCAGGCGUUCACCGUGGGCUCUGAUGCCAGUCUAAGUAGAGAAGUCGGCGAUAUGUUUUCAGGUGAAAAUUUUCCCGAGGAUUUUUCGAUUCUGCUGACGGUCAGGAUACCCCCACCAGAACGGUCGAAAAUGUUUUUGUUCUCACUUUACGAGGCCGACGCCGAUGCCAAAAUUGUUUUUGAUAUUGGAAGUCCAUCGGUGCUACAAUAUGCUGACGAACGUAAUAAACCUGGCAAGAAGGGAUGGCCACGAUUUAAACUCAACAUUGCAGACAACCGAUGGCACAGGCUAGCAUUAAGUGUAAAUGGUGAAAAUGCAAUGCUAAUUACUGAUUGCAAUGUGACAGAGACAGCAAGCCUUGCAAGAGGUGUCCCAGCAAAUGUUAAGACAGAUGGAAUAUUUAUUUUUGGACGGGAUAUGCGUAACUCCUUCCAAGGAACUCACUUUGAGGGCCAGAUUCAACAAUUCCUCAUCGUACCGGAUCCAUAUGCAGCAUUUGACCAAUGCCGUAACUACAUGCCAAGCUGCAAUGAACCCAUGCCUGUAUUUAAAAGGGCUCUUGAACCUGAAAUUCCCACUACACAGCCAGACACAAAUGGUGAACAGGAGGGACCAACACCAGCUGUCUAUUACAGUGAAACUGAAUCCUCCUCAUCAGACUCAUACAGCUACCCAGAACCGAUCCCUGAUGACAGUUCUUUCCAAAGUGGGGUGGAUCCAGGCACAGGGGUGACUGACCCUGGGACUGGUACUGUAGUGCGUGGAACUAAAGGGGAGAAGGGUGCACAAGGUGAAACAAGAAUUGAAUAUUUUCCUGGACCAGUUGGGCCCGCUGGACCACGGGGAGAUCCUGGACCUCGGGGUUAUCCUGGAGAUCGAGGACCCAUGGGAAUUAAAGGCGACAAGGGGGAUCCUGGGCAAAAUGGUCGUAAUGGAGCUGAUGGUCUUCGUGGCCCUCCUGGAGCAAGUGCACUAAUACCACAACAACUGAUGGCAAUGAUAGCACAGUCAGCAACAGAUGGCAUGAAGGGGCCAGGAGCACAGGCAAACAUGGAAGCUAUCCGAGCUGUCCUGGAAGAACAGAGAUUUGCCAUGAGAGGAGAACGUGGACCACGAGGUCUUGAAGGCAGAGCAGGACCAACGGGCCCUCCAGGUUUAGAGGGUCCAAAGGGUGAUCCAGGGAGUUCUGGUGAUCUGGGUCCUCGUGGACUACCAGGCAUUUCUGGGGAACGUGGCAGGGAUGGCAAAAGGGGACGAUCAGGGAAAGAUGGACCUCGGGGACCUCCAGGAAUUCAAGGAUUCAAAGGUGAUCGAGGCUAUGAUGGACUACCAGGUCUCCCUGGUGUGAAAGGGGCUCGGGGAAGACCAGGGUUCAAAGGUGAGAGGGGACCAGAAGGUCAGAAAGGAGAACUGGGUGACGAUGGUGAGCCAGGAGAUUACGGAAUGACUGGCGCACCAGGUAUAGCUGGCCAGCCCGGUCCAAGAGGUAUGCCUGGCCCCAUGGGAAUGCCGGGAGCUAUAGGUGAACCUGGUCCUUUUGGUCCAAAGGGUGCCAUGGGCAUUGCUGGCAUGCCUGGGAAUCCUGGUAUGCCAGGCAAGCAAGGGGCAGCUGGUUCAAUGGGACCUCAGGGUUCCAUGGGUCCCCCUGGGGUCCAAGGACCAGUUGGCAAGCCAGGGGUGCCAGGUGUACCUGGGACUGAUGGCCCUCCAGGCUUUCCUGGUCAAGAUGGGCCUGCUGGACCAAAAGGAGAUGAGGGACCAAUGGGACCGCAAGGUUUGCAGGGUUUCUCAGGUCCAAGGGGAGUGAAAGGUGCGACUGGUUUAAGAGGUGUUCCUGGCUCAAAGGGAUCAUUGGGAAGAGAGGGUAUUCCUGGCUUGAAAGGAGACAUUGGUCUCAAGGGAGAUCGUGGUGUACAGGGACCAUCUGGACCAAGGGGACCGGAGGGAAUUGUUGGACCCAAGGGUGAAGUAGGCGUGCAGGGAGAUCCAGGACCAGUUGGUGUACCAGGAGAAAAGGGCCAGAUGGGACCUCCUGGGAUGCCUGGAUACCCCGGGAGAACUGGUGAUAAGGGAGACAAUGGGCACUCUGGUAAUCCUGGUAAAAGGGGAGAGAAGGGAUCUAGGGGACCAUCAGGAAUUCCAGGUAAUGUUGGUGACCGUGGACCUAGAGGUCAGCGAGGUGAACGAGGUGUGUCAGGAAGCCCAGGAGCAAUAGGACCAAAGGGUGAGGAAGGCCCUCCAGGACCCAUUGGUCUUUCUGGUAAUCGGGGUCCAGCCGGGGCAAAUGGUCCACGUGGGUUCCAAGGUCCCAAAGGCCCCCCAGGCCCUAUUGGUCAGGAUGGUAUUCCAGGCUUCCCUGGUGCUCGCGGAGAGCCAGGAUUGGAGGGUAAACCAGGCCCACCAGGGCCAGCUGGUGUGAUUGGACCCCAGGGUCCACCAGGAGAAAAGGGGCCGGAUGGACCACAGGGCUUUUCAGGAGGUCCAGGAGCUCCAGGGGAAUCCGGCUUGCCAGGAGAGGCUGGUUCCCCAGGCCUACCGGGCAGGCCAGGACAGAUUGGUCCCCCAGGAAAUGAGGGACCACCAGGAAUACAAGGCUUUCCUGGGGAAAGGGGUCUACCAGGUGUGCAGGGACCUGAUGGUGAGAAAGGUGAAGACGGUAGCCCAGGGCUACAGGGACCACCGGGACCUCCUGGUGUUCAAGGCCCACCUGGAUCACCAGGACCCUCAGGAUUACAGGGUCGUCCAGGAGAAAGAGGGCCAGAAGGAGCUCGAGGAUUAAAGGGAGAACCUGGAGAGACAGGACCAGUUGGUCCAGUUGGCCGAGAUGGAAUGCCAGGGCCAAGGGGUUUACCAGGUCCUGUUGGGCUUACAGGUCCCCUUGGUGAAGAUGGAGACAAAGGAGACACUGGCUCACCUGGAUCAAAGGGCUCAAAGGGAGAGAGGGGUAUUGAGGGACCAAUGGGCCUGCGUGGAGAACGAGGUUCUCUUGGAGAACCUGGUCCACCGGGAGAAGAUGGUGAUCCAGGUGUACCAGGGGAAAUGGGUCUAAGAGGUCCCAAGGGUGAGGAAGGCCCAACUGGUACGCCUGGCUCUCCAGGACCAAUUGGGGUGCAAGGUCUACCAGGCUCUAACGGACCCAAGGGAGAUAAAGGUGAUCCUGGGAUCACUGGUCUGCCUGGUCGGAUUGGUCUGCGUGGUGAGAGAGGACCACCUGGUGCUGAGGGUGCCCAAGGUCUACCAGGACGGAGAGGAAAUGACGGUACUAUGGGCCAAAAGGGUGAAAAAGGAUCUGUUGGCAUCCCAGGACGAGUUGGAAGGACAGGACCCCCAGGUUCCAAAGGUGAUGCUGGCAACAAAGGGGAGCCAGGCAGUCCCGGUUUCCCUGGCCCCAUUGGACCCCCUGGGCCUGAAGGACCACAGGGUCCUAAGGGUAAUCCAGGACCCAUUGGUUUCCCAGGUGAACCUGGAGAAGCUGGUGAUGCUGGAACACCUGGCAGACCGGGCGAUCCAGGAGAAGAUGGAGAGGAUGGUGACCCAGGACGACCUGGGCCACAAGGACCACCUGGUGACAUCGGACGCCCUGGUCCACGAGGGAAACCGGGUAAACCAGGUUUGAAUGGAGCUCCUGGUGAGCCAGGACCCAAAGGCGAUCCAGGAGACAUUGGACCACCCGGUGUCCGAGGUGAUAUCGGACCCCCUGGUGCUCCGGGUGCUCCUGGACCACAAGGUCCACAGGGUCUCAGAGGCCUACCAGGGCCUGAAGGUGAUCCAGGAGAACAAGGCCCACAAGGCCAAGGUGGACCCAUGGGCCCAAUGGGUCCUGAGGGUCCAAGGGGAUUUGCAGGUGAUCCUGGUCCAGUUGGACCAAAGGUAAGUCCAGUUGUUUGUAGUCAGGAUUUCCUUUCAUAAUAGAUCAUAAUUAUG